AUGGCAACAAAACCUAAAGAGAGUAGUAGUACAGUUGUUGGAAAUGAGAAGAAGAAGGUCCCAUCUUCUAGUUCUCUCCCUACACCAACCAAAAGGAUCACAAAACCAUCCACAGCCAUCAAAAGUAACUCAACCACCCCAUCAGAAAAAAACAUUCCAAGCCAUCUAAAACCUACAACAAGUUUCAGACAAACCAAAACUGAGACUCCAAUUAAACCUCCUCCAAUAAGAAGAAGAUCAUUUGAUAAACCACUCUCAUCUUCAAACUUAACAAAAACAACACAACCCUCUCCUUCAAGACUACACAAAGCCCUUGUUUCCCCUGGUCCUAGAGAAAGAUCUUCAAUAAAUAGAUCUCCCGUUGCUCCGGUUAAAAGCAUCAACUCUUCAAAACCCAUUUCAGAAAAGACACCAAGUGAUGCAAAAACUAAGCAAGUAUUGAAAAAGCCUGCAAAGAAGAUCACCACCCCUAAUAGCAAUAUUGCUAGUUCUAACACUACAAAGAAGGUAUCUAAUGAUCAUGCUGCUUCUGUUAAUCCUGUAAAGAUCAAAUCUGUUACUACGAAUAAAGAUUCAUCAAAUGUUGAAGCUGAAGAUGUUAAGAAAGUUGAAGAAGUUCAAGAAGUUACAAACCUAGAAGAUGAGGUGAUAAAAGUGGAGAAAGAAGAACAUGCAUCUCAACAGAAUAUUUUAUCUGAUGUCAACUCUGAAAUAGUACAUGAGCAUGAACAUGAUAAUCAAGUUCUUGAGGAUUCUGGCACACCUCAGAAUCAAGUUGAAGAUGACAUAGUCAUUUCUACAGUUUCUGGCACACCUCAGAAUCAAGUUGAUGAUGAGAAAGUCAUUUCUACAGUUUCAGAAGAAGCAGAAAAGGAGUCACAGGAAGAGAAACAUGAAGUCGAGCAUGAUGAGAAACAUGAAAUCGAGCAUGAAGAGAAACAUGAAGUCAAGCAUGGAGAGAAACAUGAAGUCGAGCAUGAAGAGAAAGAGAACAAUAAUGGGAAUCAAUCAGAAGAAGUCGAGCAUGAAGAGAAAGAGAACAAUAAUGGGAAUCAAUCAGAGGAAGUCGAGCAUGAAGAGAAAGAGAACAAUAAUGGGAAUCAAUCAGAAGAAGUCGAGCAUGAAGAGAAAGAGAACAAUAAUGGGAAUCAAUCAGAAGAAGUCGAGCAUGAAGAGAAAGAGAACAAUAAUGGGAAUCAAUCAGAGGAAGUCGAUCAUUCUGAGGUUGAAAGGGAAAAGGUUGUGAAUGAAAAUGAACAAAAUGAAAGUGGGAUUGUUCCAGAAGAUGAAAAAAAUGAGACCAAUGAAGAACAGGGAAGAGAAGAGAAGGAAGCUGUUGAAGGAGGGGUAAGUGAAGAAGUUGAAGAAGCUAAGGCUGAGGUAGCGAAACCAAAGCAACAACUAGCAGGAGGAGGAAACGGGAAGAAGGAAUCUCAAGUAUCUAAUGACAUGAUUGAGGAAACUGCAAGCAAGCUGUUGGGGAGGAAGAACAAGGUUCUUGCAUUGGCUGGAGCAUUUCAAACUGUCAUUGAUCAUCAAACCAAAUGA